AGCAAUCUUGGGAAAUGUCAGGUACUAUGUGUUAGCGUGACACUGAUUCGUUAAUUGCGGCUGUAGCUACAGUCAUACUUAGUCUAUCAAUAACAUUUUUACCCUGUCAUAGGUAAAUUCGUGGAAACCCGGAAAAACAUAUUUAUUUCUAGGAAACACAAAGGUUAAUAAUAAGUCAGAGUGUUAUAAAAUGCCCAUGAGCGCCACAACAUGCCAUAACUGAACCGUCGCGGUAGAUUAACUGACGUCACUCACGAUGUUUCCACUACGAAGUCAGAUGUGCAGAGGCUGGAUUGUAAUCUUGGUCGUUUCAUGGACGAACACUUUAAAAUGUGUGGACAGUUCAAGUGUUGGGAAUCCGUAUAGUCGAUUGAUACGGAAUCUUCUCGACGGUUAUGACAAACUAGCGCUUCCAUUUAACCGAACUACUGACAGCAUUUCUGUAAAAUUCCACGUUUGUUUACGCCACAUUGAAGAAGUUUUGGACACACAUCAACAAAUUACACUGAGCGCUUACAUAAGACAGACUUGGUAUGAUACAUAUUUAAGCUGGAAUACAACAUUGUAUGAAAACAUAACUGAAAUAAGACUACCAGCAGAUGAAAUAUGGCACCCAGAUACAGUGUUAUACAACAGUGCUAACGGCUUCACGGAUUCAUCAAACGAAAUCAGCGUGAUUGUAUCCCACGAUGGCCGCGUGGUGUGGGACUACCCAGCGUUGUUGAAAAGCAACUGUGCAUUUGACGUCACAUUUGUCCCAUUUGACCAACAAACAUGCAGAAUGUUCUUCGGUUCCUGGUCCUACAGCUCAGACCAAGUGACACUGUCUGGCGAUCUGGCCCAUCUGGACAACCUUCACACAAAUGACGAGUGGAAACUAAUUGAUGUCACCAUGGCCACCGGUAUGACAGUGCCCCUGCAGGGUCACGAGUCGGUGGAGGGAGUCGAGAUGACAGUUGUGCUACAGCGUUGCAACGAAUUCUACCUAAUGUUCAUGUUGGUGCCAUUCAUAAUGAUAGCUGGCAUCAGUAUGUUAGUGUUCCUGUUGCCUCCUGACUCUGGAGAGAAACUAUCUCUGUGUAUCACCAAUCUUCUGACACUGGUGUUGUAUUAUGGGCAACUUUCUCGUAUGAUUCCAAUGACAGUUGAAGGCACAUUCCCAAUUAUUGGGACCUACUAUUUCUCCGUGGUCUGCAUAGUAUCUGCAUCAUGCGUAUUGACCAUAUUGGUGUUGAAUGUUCACUAUCGAAAACAUUCCAAUAAUCCAGCUCCGCGAUGGGUUCGUCGACUUUUCUUUGGUUAUUGUGGUUUACAUCGCAUAGCCUGGUACUCUAUUGACUCUUCAAACAGCAAUAACAAUGACAAUGAAAGACGCACUACACAACUGUCGGAAAUUAUGUCAAGUCAAUGCUAUGUAGUUGAUAGUUCUCCCGUCAUUUCAGGGAUAGAAGAUGGUAGUGAUAACAAAUGCGAAACUAGUUGCAAUACUAAGCAAGAAUACGCUUCUGUUGAAGACAAUGAAUGGGAAAUUAUGGCUCGGGUUCUCGACCAGGUUUUCUUCAUAACGUUGUCCUUGUUAUUGUUCUUGGUGACAUUGGUGUGUGGUCUGAAAUUUCAUAUUCAUAGCUAUCCUUAA